UGCGUGGCUCCCAGAAGGAAACAUGGCGCACGGACCGCCGCUGUUAUCCGCUCUAUGUGCCCUGCCGGGGCAGUUUGUGAGCGGGUUUCCGGCGUAUAUCCUCGUCGUUUUGGCGGCUGUAGCCGCGGGAAACGCCGACGACGUGUUCAGCGCAAGCCGCUCGCCCACCGUACCCGUCGCGGCGGCCAGGGACAUACGCUACCUUCUGUAUGAUGUGAACCCACCAGAGGGUUUCAACUUGCGGCGGGAUGUGUACAUCCGCAUGGCAUCCCUGGUCAAGACCCUGAGAAAGGAGGGAGAUGACUGGGUCUUGGUUCUUCCCCCCUGGGGCCGGCUCUACCACUGGCAGAGCCCUGACAUCCACCAAGUCCGCAUUCCCUGGGGCGAGUUCUUCAGCCUUACAAGCCUGCAGGUCAAUGUGCCUGUCAUGGAGUAUGAAGAAUUUAUGGCUGAGUCUGGAGGCCCAUUCAUUGACCAGGUUCUGGUGUUGCAGAACUAUGCUGAAGGGUGGACUGAUGGGAAAUGGGAGGAGAAAGUAGAUGAGCGACCUUGUAUUGAUAAACUGAUGUUCUCCAAAGACAAACAGGGGUAUUACAGGGGCUGGUUUUGGGGCUACGAGGAGACACGAGCGAGGAAUGUCACAUGUGUGUCAGCCCAAGGUCACGCAUCGAUCCUCGCCCCAGUUCUUCAGAAAAACCUCACAGCAACAUCAGUAAUGCUGGACAGAGCAGAAACAGUUCUGCAUGACCACUACGCUGGGAAGGACUACUGGGAUACCCGCCGCAGUAUGGUUUUUGCCAAACACCUGAGGCUCAUAGGAGAUGAGUUCAGAGCUAAGAACCUGAACUCUACAGACAGCAGUGACCAUACUGUAUACAAUGAGGACUGGACUCGUAUGAAAUCUAAGCUGGGUUCAGCUAAAGGCGGACCAUAUCUGGGGGUCCACCUCCGCCGGAAAGACUUCAUUUGGGGUCACAGAGAGGAUGUACCCAGCCUCAAAGGAGCUGUGAAGACAAUCCGCAGCCUGAUGAAGAAGCACAAACUUGAUAAGGUGUUUGUUGCGACGGACGCAGACGAGGAAGAGCUGGAGCUGCUGAAGAGGAGGCUACCAGAGAUGGUACGCUUUGAGGCUUCUUGGGAGGAUUUGGAGCUCCUCAAAGAUGGAGGAGUUGCCAUAAUUGACCAAUGGAUCUGUGCACAUGCAAGGGUCUUCAUUGGAACAUCUGUAUCCACCUUCUCUUUCCGGAUCCACGAAGAGCGAGAGAUCCUGGGUUUUGACCCCAAAACCACAUACAACCGUUUCUGUGGGGACGCUGAGAAAGAAUGUGAACAGCCCACGCACUGGAAAAUAGUCUACUGAUUUCAAAACACACCUGAUUCUCCUGACAGAAGUGCCAAUUUUUUUGUAUGGGAUUCAGAACAUAUUGGAAGCAUUUUAUAGUAUAUUUUGUGACUUUUGUGUUUUGAAAAGUUGUGCAAUCAGUUCAGUAUUGACUGAAUGGCUGAAACUGAAGUAUGACUGAAACCCGUGAGUUCAAAAGGCCAAGAUUUUAAUGUGAAACACGAUUUAAGGUUCACCACUUCAAUAUAUGGGUUCAGGUUGAAAGUAGGGAGCUUAAACCUAUAUGUUACAUAUUUUCAGUGUUUACUGUUAUGUUCCUUUUACCAUUAAUGCCAACGGCACUGGUGAAGAAAAAAACACAACUGUUGUGCGGUUUCUUUCAUGAAAGGAUUCUUUUAACUUGCCGUUUGUCAAGAGUGGUGUUUUCCAGCUCGUUCAGCCUCCCGUCUUCUAAAAAGUGAGUGUCAAAUUACCUUUCAUCUUAACCUCAUAAUUCCGGUGUUUUCUUUCUUCAAGACCAGUAUCAAAAUCUGUUAUACAGGGUUACGUUAUUAAGCUAUAGAUGGUCGGGGAAGAUUUUUAGGGAAAGAAACCAAAGUUAGCUGUCUGCUAUCUUAUGCCUGUACAUAACUCUUUCUAUCUUGCCUUUUUAAAGUACAGAAUCCUUUGUGGAACACUGCUUGACUGAUGCUCCUGUGUACUGGUUUUCUUUUCUCUGAAAGGAAAGACAAUGAAACAAAAGUAUUUGCUGCAUGCAGCCUGUCGGUAAGAGACGGCCUUUUCCCAGAACACACCCUGAUUUGUAUUGUUCCAGCUGACCCAUGCUCUCAGCUGCCUGUCUCCCACAUUGUCUCUUCCCUUGAUUUGAAGUGAACAAUGCGGAACUUAGACUGAGCUCAGGACAUAAGCAAUGUUUGAGUAUGGCAGCAGAUAAUCAACCUCUCAUCACAGCUGGUUUCCGAAGAUUUGGGCAAUUGUUAUUUUCAAUCCUGUCCCUCCCCUAAGAGGUUUAAUAUUGACAGCCUGUUUAAAAUGAAAGAAAACCCCUAAUGUAUAUACAGAAGAGGUCUUUGUCUCUAUUGACAAGAUUCUUGUUUUGAAUGCUGGUGACGCACUCAGACUUAAAAACUUUACCAAAC